CCCGCGACCUAUUCUGGACAAGCGGCUGCCGCUGCGUCCACGCCCAGGAUGAUGUCUGUGCGACGUCAUGGCCGGUGGCUGAAGCUUCCUCACCACUAUUUCAGCCCCCCGCAGGCCAUGCCUCCGACGUAGUCUGCCCGCCGACCACACCGCAUACAGUCAGCCGACAUGGACACCGACACAAAGCACUCGCUCUACCACUCCGCGCCGUACAGCGCCGCGGGCACCGCCAUGAUGACCUUCAAGCCCAUCAACGCUAUCCACCAGCACCUCUGUGCCUUCCACGUCUACUCCCACGACCGCACCCGGCACCUCGAGGCGCACCACUACUGCACGCACCUCUCGCCCGACUUCCACCAAUGCAUCAUCUACGACUCCGACUCGCCCUCCGCCAAGCUCAUCGGCAUCGAGUACAUCGUCUCCGAGACGCUCUUCGACGGGCUCCCCGCCGCCGAGAAGCCGCUCUGGCACUCGCACAAGUACGAGGUCGAGAGCGGCCUCCUGCAGAUGCACGCGCGCGCGCCCCUUAACGGCGCCGUGACCGACCUCGCGGAGCAGCCCGCGAUCCUCGAGAUCCAGCGCACGUACGGCAAGACCAUCCACACCUGGCAGGUCGACGCCCACCCCGACCUCCCCCUUGGCCCGCCCCAGCUCAUGGUCUCGUACACCGCCGACGGCCAGGGCCCGCCCCCCGAGAUGGUCAAGGCGCGCGACGAGCGCUCGGGCAUGGACACUGCGCGGAAGCGCGAGCUCAGGAAGGGAUACUUGCCCCCGUAUGAGAAGAGGGAGGAGGCGGAUGCGUGGGAGGAGACCAAGAAGGGCAUCGUAUUUGAGGCUAAGGAGGUCGAUUAUAAGCCAUAUCCUGGGGAGCAGAAGUAGGUGCGUGACAGAGGGGCGCAUACGUGUACAUGUGAAGUUCAGGACGAGAUGUACGUUACCGUAAUGCGAACGGACAGGCGAUGGUGCACCCCAAGACACUGCGCCGCGCAUGGAUCACAAGCAUUCCGUAUCCACGCUUGCCCAUGCUGUCCGAGCGAAGUCAGAAUAUGUGCAAGAUACCGAAGGCAAGGCGCAAGUGUUCAAACGUUCAACACUCAAACUCCAAUCCAAGCGUAGG